GUUCCUCCCAUGUCUUCCCAUUCAGGUGACGGCAUGCUCGAUCAUGACCUGGAGAAGAAGCCCAUGCAUGUGGACUUUCGGGAGCGGCUGCGGCAUUUCACCUGGGCCUGGUACACCCUCACAAUGAGCGGCGGUGGGUUGGCAGUGCUUCUGGCCGUCCAGCCCAACACGUUCCCAGGGUUGCGGGAGAUUGGACUGGCUGUCUUCAUCAUCAACCUCUUCUUCUUCGUUGUACUUUGUUCGGCAAUGGUCGCCCGAUUCGUCAUCCACGGCAACCUCCUCGACUCCCUCCGCCACGAACGCGAAGGGCUUUUCUUCGGUCCAUUCUGGCUCUCAGUCGCCACCAUCAUCUGCGGACUAUACCGGUACUUUGGGGAGGACGCUGGGGAAUCCUUCACCCUCCUCCUCCAGGUCCUCUUCUGGCUCUACUGCGCUUGCACCUUGCUCACGGCCAUCAUCCAAUAUUCGUUUGUCUUCUCCUCCCACCGCUACCGCCUCCAAACCAUGAUGCCCUCGUGGGUCCUACCGGCCUUCCCUAUCAUGCUGAGCGGCACCAUCGCCUCCGUCAUCGCCGAGAACCAGCCUCCGAGCUCCGCCAUCACUAUAAUCGUCGCAGGCAUCACCUUCCAGGGCCUCGGCUUCUCUAUCUCCUUCAUGAUGUACGCCCACUACAUCGGCCGGCUGAUGGAAUCGGGCCUCCCCUGCCGGGAGCACCGACCGGCCAUGUUCAUCUGCGCCGGGCCCCCGGCCUUCACGGCGCUCGCUCUCGUCGGCAUGGCCCAGGGACUGCCGGAGAACUUCCGCCUGCUGGGCGACGAGAAUGCCCUUGUCGAGGGUCACAUCCUCGAGCUGCUGGCCAUCGCAUCGGGCGUCUUCCUCUGGGCCCUGAGCCUCUGGUUCUUCUGCAUUGCCCUGAUCGCCGUCGUCCGCAGCCCGCCUACAGCCUUCCACCUCAGCUGGUGGGCCAUGGUCUUCCCCAACACAGGCUUCACUCUGGCUACCAUCACCCUGGGCAAGGCGUUGAACAGCCAGGCGGUCCUGGGCGUCUCCUCCGCCAUGUCCGUCUGCAUCGUGGGCAUGUAUCUCUUUGUGCUUUUCUGCAACGUCCGCGCUGUCAUCCGCAAGGAGAUUAUGUGGCCUGGCAAGGACGAGGAUGUUUCCGAUUAAAUUACCACGUUUUCCCGUUAGGAGGUCAUGUUACCUCCACCCCCAUUCACCUUCCUUUACACCUUUCUCCUCGAUCAUAUACCACUGCGCUCACUUGUCCCUUUCUUUUUGUUCUAAAUUGCGUGAUUGAUUUGAUAUGAUGUUUUGUCCGGUUCUAUAGACUGAUUAUUUGGUGCACAUUGGCAUGGCGUUCGGGAUACCAUACAGCGUUUGAACAUUGGCACUCUGCUUGUUAUUACGUGUUUUCUCUGCUGUUCUAUCCCAUCUCGGCUUGCAUCUCACUGUUACUUGGCAUACCCC